UUUGUUGUGGUUUGGUUUACGUGUGUGAGAUGUGUGUUGUAAGUUGUGUGGUUGACAAAGUGAGGGACGGACGGCGAACAGUUAAACUUGUAUGUAGUGAUGUGAGCGUACACAUAGCAUUUAUUUGCAAAACGUUUUAAUGAUCCCUCGUGUCCAGAGAUUUUGUUUUCUGUCAUUUUAAUUCAAAAUAUAGUGUACAGUGCAAAGAAACAAUGUAUCGGCCGCUAGAAUUGACUAUAGGGUUGUGUUUCGCUGCAACCAUUGCUGUCUCAUAUCUAGCUUCACAGUUCCUAAAAUCAUUAAUAGUCAUGGAUCAGCAAAGAUUAGAGCCGUCAGGUCUUUAUUUAACUUUAAGUGACAACUGGGUUACACGACUGAUGUUAAACAUUCUUGGGUAUGCCACAGUGGUUGUCCCUGGAUUUUUUAUUUUUAUGUAUGUAAAGAGGAGCAAACAUUUAGAACUAGAGGGUAAUAGUUGUGUAACGAGAUUAGUGAAAGUGUGCUUUCUUGGGGCAGAACCAUUACUAGGAGUAGAUAACAAACAGAGUGGUCAGUCGGCAUCGCAUGCACCUCAGCCACCACGUACCAUACUUCAAGAAACAUUAUUAAUUGUUUUCUGCUUCAUGGGACUUCAGACUACAUAUCUGACAUGGGGAAUUCUUCAAGAGAAGGUCAUGACUCAGGAAUAUGAAGCCAGUGAUGGUACCAAAGGACAUUUUACUGACUCCCAGUUUCUGGUAUUUGUCAACCGGAUACUAGCAUUCCUUUUGUCAGGCACAUAUAUACUUACAACAAAUCAAACACGCCAUGCAGCUCCAAUGUACAAAUAUGUAUACUGCUCAUUUUCUAAUAUAAUGAGUUCUUGGUGCCAAUAUGAAGCCCUCAAAUAUGUCAGCUUCCCUACUCAGGUACUGGCCAAAGCUUCCAAAAUCAUUCCAGUUAUGAUAAUGGGAAAGAUUGUUUCCCGUGCAAAAUAUGAAUAUUAUGAGUAUGUCACAGCAUUCUUGAUAUCACUAGGCAUGACUUUCUUCCUAUUAGGAAGUUCAGACGAUAAAGGUACAACAGUUACUACAUUUUCUGGAAUUAUACUGUUAGCUUCAUAUAUGAUCUUUGAUAGCUUUACGUCAAACUGGCAAGGCUCUUUAUUUGCUCAAUAUAAUAUGAGUUCAGUACAGAUGAUGUGUGGUGUAAAUCUCUUCUCCUGCAUCUUCACUGGUGUAUCACUUUUUCAGCAGGGUGGAUUUAUCAAAUCUGUCAAUUUUAUGGCACAGUUUCCAAAAUUCAUAUUUGAUUGCCUGAUUCUAUCCGUUUGUUCAGCCGCUGGACAGCUUUUCAUUUUCUUCACAAUCUCUACAUUUGGACCUGUGAUAUUUGCAAUAAUUAUGACUAUUAGACAGGGCCUCGCCAUCUUGCUAUCGUGCAUAAUUUAUCAACAUCAUAUUACUGCUCUUGGCAUUAUUGGAGUAUUUGUAGUUUUUAUAUCAAUUUUUUUGCGAGUGUACUGCAAUCAGAGGUUACGUUCAAUUAGAAAGAAGACUCAAGUGGCUGCUGGGAUCAAGGUGUAGAAAUGGCCAUUAACUCAUUUUUCCAUUGCAUCCCAACUUCACUGAGGUUUAUUUUAUUUGUAAAAUUAGUCAUUGAAAUUAUGUAGCAACCAUUACUGAUGAUGUUCUGUAUUAUUUUGUAAGCCACAUUUUAGAAAUAUUCUUGGGUGGCAGAAUGAUAGUUAGGCUCAGUUUGUGUAACAAAGUAGCACAGAUUAAGCUAACUAAUGGAAAUAGUAAUGAUGGAUUGAAUCACUCUUUUUGAUAAGUGGAGCAAAGAUGGUGACAUUGCUGUGAUUAAGAGAGAGGAAAAAGAUGUUGAGUUUAUCACUACCUUUUCUUCUCUUCCAUUUGUAAUUAGUUGUUGUCGACGAGACAUUAAACCCUAACAGAAAAGACAAAUUAAUAACAGCCUUCUUUUAAACAAAAAGGCUAUUGAUAUUUGAGGCCAAUAAUUAUUUUGUAUCUGAUGUAAAAUAAUGAUAGUAAUUUAAAUGACCAGUCAGUAAGUGCUGGAAUGCAGAGUUUUAUCUGAAUUACUCUUGUGUUGUAACAAAAAUCAGUAUACAUGUUUUUGGAUAUGCCAAGAAUAAACUUAUACUGAAUUUUAGCUAUGCAAAAAUCAUCUACAAUAUAUCUUCCCACUUUCUAUGUGUUUUUGAGUUUAUGGAUAUUUACAAUCAGAAAACGUUUAUUUUGUCCUCAUUCGCCACUGUUUUGUCCAUGUGGUUUAUAUAUGUCAAUGACACUAACUAAAAUGCUGCAGAUCUCUAAUAACCUAACAAUUUCAUCAGCAUGUUUGUGUUAAAGUUAAAAUGAUCUACAAACUACUAUGCUGCAUUAAAGUCAGUGUUUGAGACAGAGCAUACUGUUUCCUACAACAGUAAAUAUGCUAACAUUCCACUGAGUCUGAGUGGAAAUGCUCUUAUUUCCAUCUGUCGAAAUAGUUGUGUGAAGCUUUCACCUAGCAGAUUCACUACCACAGACUGUACAGUGUCAUAAUUACAUUGGCUACUGAUUCAGGAAAUGAUUCUUGAACAUACUCACAUUGAAUGGUAUAAACCCAGAAGUAGAUAAUUCACAUACCUGUAAGUUGCUUGAAUGAAUGUCCAUGUAGUCUUAGUGAAUAGUUCCUGAAUAUACUUGAGUUUUAAAAUGGCAGCAUAAUAUUUUGGAAAUAGACAAUGGAUUUCAUUUUUUUUUUUUUUUUUGGGGGGGGGGGGGGG